AUGAAAGUUAAAGUUUUAUCAAGGAAUCCUGAUGACUAUCAGAGAGAAACAAACAAGGAUAUUCAUAAACUUGUGCGUAAUUGGAAUGCUCCUGAAGAUCCUUUCCAAGCUCAAACAGAAUACACACGUGCUAUGAAUGCAACUAAAUUAGAAAGAGUAUUCGCCAAACCUUUCGUAGCCAGUUUUGAUGGCCAUAUGGAAGGCGUUAAUGUCUUGGCAAAGCAUCCAGAUCGACCAUCAACAAUCAUAUCAGGAGCGCGUGAUGGACAAGUAAAAAUUUGGAAUCUAGCAAACAAACAAUGUUUGUCAACUAUUCAAGCCCAUGUGGGGAAUAUGACCGGAUUGUCUGUUGACUUGUCGUCCGGUACAGGUUUCAUAACCGUUGGUUUAGACCAGCAAGUGAAGUUCUGGAAUCUUGGACACCCAGUAGAAGAAAACGUAUCGAUCCCUCUCCAUUCCGUACCUUUAGCAGGAGUUGCUCAUGGUGUUUCGCACUUAGCAAAAUCUUCUGAUUUCGCAGUUUGCGGUGAGGGUGUAGAUAUCUGGAAACCUAAUAGAAACACUCCUAUUCGAAAAUACAAUGUAGGACCGAACACGGUUCACGCAGUUAAGGGUAAUCCUAUAGAAGAAGCUGUCAUUCUGGGAUGUGCAAGUGACCGCUCCAUCUUUGUCAUCGAUUCUCGUCAGAAAAAUGCAUUAAGAACUGUAACAAUGAAGCUUAGAUCGAAUGCAAUUGCUUGGAACCCUAUUGAAGCAUACACCUUUGCUGUCUGUAGUGAUGAUUACAACUCAUAUUCAUUCGAUAUGCGUUACAUGGCACAUCCCAAAUACAUGCAUGGAGGCCACGGGGCUGCUGUAAUAGAUAUAGACUAUUCACCCACAGGAAAGGAGAUAGUCACUGGAUCUUUCGAUAAAACUAUUCGAAUCUUCGGAUGUACCGAGUCAAGAUCAAGAGACGUUUAUCACACCGGAAGAAUGUCAACUGUUUUAUCAGUUUUAUGGUCAAUGGACAAUAAGUUCGUUCUUUGUGGAAGUAACGAAAUGAAUAUACGUAUUUGGAAAGCCAAAGCAGCAGAGAAAAUUGGACCUUUGGCUCCUCGUGAAAAGUCUGCAUUCGCGUACAGUGAAAAACUACGAGACCAAUAUAAAGAUCAUCCUGAAAUCCGUCGAAUCGCCAGACAUCGUCAAUUGCCAGGAAGUGUAUUCCAUGCACGAAAGGAACAUGAUAUUAUCCGUAAAGCGAGAUCACGCAAAGAGCUUAGGAGAAGGGAAAAUGGUGAAGAAGCAAAGCCAUUUGUUCCGAUGGUCCAGCAAAGUAUGGCAGACUCAUCCAAAUGA